GACCGUGUCCCCCCCCAGGAGCUGGAGCACCCGAUGGCGUCGCAGUUCGGGGCGGCCCCCCCGGUGACCAUCGAGGUGCCCAUGGGCGCCCUGAGCCCGGGGGGGCUGCUGGGCCCGGGGGGGGCCCUCACCACCAUCGACCAGUCCGAGCUCAGCUCCCAGCUGGGCCUCAGCCUGGGCGGCCCCGCCCCGGCCACGCCCGCCCCGGCCACGCCCGCCCAGGCCACGCCCGGCGCCGACCCCGAGCCCACCCUGUCACCGGGACCCUCCCCCCACGCUGCUGCCUCCCCACAGGACGACGAGGGAGACGAGUUCCGCAGGGUGAGACCCCCGAAUCGACCCGAAUUACCCCCACGGCCGCCGCGCCACCGUCCCCGCCCCUGCCGGCCCCUCCCCGCGGCGGCGGCGGCGCCGCCCUCCCCGCGGAGCCGGCGCGGCGCCCAGCCCCCAAGAAGGCGGAAGAAGAAGAAGGACCCCAACGAGCCGCAGAAGCCGGUGUCGGCCUACGCCCUCUUCUUCAGGGACACCCAGGCAGCCAUCAAGGGCCAGAACCCCAACGCCACCUUCGGCGAGGUCUCCAAGAUCGUCGCCUCCAUGUGGGACUCGCUGGGGGAGGAGCAGAAGCAGGUUUACAAGCGCAAGACGGAGGCGGCCAAGAAGGAAUAUCUGAAGGCGCUGACGGCCUAUCGGGCCACCCUGGUACCCAAAACACCCCCCAAAAUCAGAGGGGGGGGCUUCAAAAUAUUGGGGGGGUUCCUAAAAUUAUGGGUUGCUCUUAAAAUCAUGGGGGGGGUUCCUAAAAUUAUGUUGUCAACUUUAUCCCUCUCCAACCCCGAAAUUCGUGAUUUCUGCCGUCAGGUGGAUUCCCCCCCCGGUGUGGAGGUGCUGGGGGGGUCCCCGGGCCGUGCGGGGUCCCCCCGGUGCCGCUGCGUCCGCGCCGGCUGCGCCAACGCCCCCGUGCCCAGCCCCGACUGGGACCUCGAGUUCUGCAGCAGCGACUGCGUCGUCAGGCACUGCCGGGACGUCUUCCUGGCCUGGCUCGCCGCCCGCAACGCCGGCAACAGCGUCGUCUUCGUCAAGUGACCCCCGGCACAGCCGGGGUUUCAGGGGGCCCCCCGAAGGAUUUCGGGGUCCCCCAAAGGAUUUCGGGGUCCCCCAAAGGAUUUUGGGGUCCCCCCCUGGCAGAUUUCGGGGUCUCACAACGGAUUUCGGGGUCCCCCAAAGGAUUUUGGGGUCCCCCCCUUAGCGGAUUUUGGGGUCCCCCAGAUGAUUUUGGGGUCCCCCCCAGCGGAUUUUGGGGUCCCCCAAAUGAUUUUGGGUUCCCCCCCAGUGGAUUUCGGGACCCCCCAAAGAAUUUUGGGGUCCCCCCCCAGCAGAUUUCGGGGUCCCCCAAAGGAUUUUGGGGUCCCCCCCAGCGGAUUUUGGGGUCCCCCAAAGGAUUUUGGGGUCCCCCCCAGCAGAUUUCAGGGUCCCCCGAAGAAUUUCGGGGUCCCCCAAAUGAUUUUAGGGUCCCUCCCAGCGGAUUUCGGGGUCCCCCAAAGAAUUUCGGGGUCCCCUCCCAGCAGAUUUUGGGGUUCCCCAAAGAAUUUUGGGGUCCCCCAAAGGAUUUUGGGGUCCCCCAAAUGAUUUUGGGGUCCCCCCAAGCAGAUUUCGGGGUCCCCUAAAAAAUUUCAGGGUCCCCCCCAGCGGAUUUUGGGGUCCCCCAAAUGAUUUUGGGUUCCCCCCCAGUGGAUUUCGGGACCCCCCAAAGAAUUUUGGGGUCCCCCCCAGCAGAUUUUGGGGUCUCACAAAGAAUUUUGGGGUCCCCCCCCAGCGGAUUUCGGGGUCCACCAAAGGAUUUCGGGGUUUCCCUUAGCAGAUUUUGGGGUCCCCCAGAUGAUUUUGGGGUCCCUUAAAGAAUUUUGGGGUCCCCCAAAGGAUUUCAGGGUCCCCCCCUGGCAGAUUUUGGGGUCUCACAGCGGAUUUUGGGGUCCCCCAAAGGAUUUUGGAGUCUCCCCCUGGCAGAUUUUGGGGUCUCACAGCAGAUUUUGGGGUCCCCCAAAUGAUUUUGGGGUCCCCCCUGGCAAAUUUUGGGGUCCCCCAAAUGAUUUCAGGGUCCCUCCCAGCAAAUUUCAGGGUCCCCCAGCAGAUUUUGGGGUUCCCCUUAGCAGAUUUCAGGGUCCCCUAAAAAAUUUUGGGGUCCCCCCCCGGCAAAUUUUGGGGUCUCACAACGGAUUUUGGGGUCCCCCAAAUGAUUUUGGGGUCCCCCCCAGCAGAUUUUGGGGUCCCCCAAAGAAUUUUGGGGUCCCCCCCAGCAGAUUUCGGGGUCCCCCAAAGGAUUUUGGGGUCCCCUAAAGAACUUUGGGGUCCCCCCCAGCAGAUUUCGGGGUCUCCCAAAGGAUUUUGGGGUCCCCCCCCAGCAGAUUUCAGGGUCUCCCAAAGGAUUUUGGGGUCCCCCCCCAGCGGAUUUUGGGGUCUCACAGCAGAUUUUGGGGUCCCGCAAAUGAUUUUGGGGUCUCCCCCAGCGGAUUUUGGGAUCCCCCCGGCAGAUUUUGGGGUUCCCCUUAGCAGAUUUUGGGGUCUCACAGCAGAUUUUGGGGUCUCACA